AUGUCUAACGAGGACGAGCUCCUGGUCCAGGAAUCCACUGCCACGAACAUCUCCGGCGUGGACCGCUCCCACCCAACCGCCCGACCGGCCUACUUCCUCCUGCCCUGCGCCGACGCCACUCGUCUCCUCGUGCUGCCAUCCCCGCGACGCAGUGGAGGCCCCUUUCUUCAUGGCGAGAUCCGGGUGGAGUGGAGGGGGUGGCCCUCCUCCUCGAAGCUGUCGAGGCGCUGGGUGACCAAGCUUCGACCGCUGCACGAGGGCAAGAGAGUUGGUAUAUUUGACGCCAUCCUCUCAACCACAUGGCGGAUUCGGCGUGACGAAGAUCUGCUGCUCCAGCUCGCGGCGUUCUGGUCCAGAGAGACCAGCACGUUCGUCUUGCAGUGGGGCGAGGCCACGGUGACGCUGGAGGACGUGGCCGUGCUCGGGGGCCUACCUCUGUUGGGCAAGCCUGUGUGCGCGGUGUUGCCGGACGCGCUGCGCGGCGACGUGCACGCCCUUGAAGGCAUUCGGAGCGCUCUGAACCGGAGCAAGAGCAAGAAGCCAAAUUAUUCCUCGUGGGUAAACUACUUCCUCGAGUGUCCACCAGAAAGUGAUGCAGGAGGCGGCCGAGGGGACACGGCCGCUGGAUUGCUCGAGCACGGGGCGUUCUUGGCCAUGUGGCUGUCUGAGUACGUGCUCCCGUCGCCGCCGUGUGACGUGGUUCAGGCGCGGGUGCUCCCCAUCGCCGCCCAACUGGCACGCGGCCAGCCCGUGGCUCUCGCACCUGCGGCGCUUGCUAGCAUCUACAAGUGCUUGUCCACGCUCGCCGGGUGUGCCCCACUCCAGAUCCUCCAGCUUUGGGUCUGGGAACGGUUCCCAGAACUUCGCCCGGAGAAGGUGUCCGCCCACAACAAUGACAAUGGUGUGCCGGCAAGGGCUGCAAAGUGGCACAACGUCAGAGAGGUGCUCGAACCCAGGUGCAUCCAUGCUGUGUUCAUGUCACCAGGGAGAUUUGAGUGGAUGCCUUAUGGCAGCAGCAGCAGCUUUGGCGUGCCACCCAGCAAUGGCGGCCGUCGGGUCCAUGGCCAGGACAUAGCAAGAAGUGACGAGCUGCUAUCCAUGGCACUAUGUUUACACCCUUGCGAGCUUGUAGGCGUCGAUUGCAUCGAGCAGUACUGUCCGCACCGUGUCGCGCGGCAGCUGGGCUUCGAUCAGGACGUGCCCGGGGAUGUCUGUCGUGUCAACUCGGAUCCAGUGGCCGCGUGGUCAACCUAUAAGAUAGAGGCUAGAUCCUUUGCAUUCAUCUUCCCAAAUCGCGACGCCGGCGUGACCGUUGAGUAUGCGCGGUGGUGGGAGCCAUACUCGUCCGCAUGCGCAGCUCAUGUUGCUAAUGCUGCAAGGACAAAUGAGCUAGUUCAUCCGAGUAAGAGAAAGAUGGAAGGAGCUGUUGUAGUUGAUAUGCAAUCAACACCUGAAGACAUCGUGGCCAUCAACAAUAAUGAGUCCCUCGAAGAAUCUGAAAAGGAUGUUGAAGUGGCCGCGAUGCAUUUGAAAUCACCCGAACCGGUGAACGAAAAUGUUGAAGUAGCUGAGAGAGUGGUUUGUGCUAGAACACUGUACUAUCUUAGGCCAUUUGAGCAGGCCAAAUAUGGCCAGGCGGGCGCAAGCAGGAGAAAUUCGGAUCAAGAAUUUUUUUCAGCCAAAACGGGAAGUGGGGACGAUGGAAAUGAUUAA